GAGUUGAUCUCCAAGUUUGCAGGUACUUUGUACCGUUCUCCGAUCAGACACUCGCCGCUUGACGUCGUGGCCUGGUAUGGGAAUUUGGUUCCAUGCAAGUACGACAUGCGGCUGUUCAUGGCCGUGAACACAGUUACCUACGACCACCCGGACCCGUCAAUCGGAACCGUCCUGUCCUCGUACACUGCAACGCCCGGCCUCGCCAAUGUGGACUUUGUGAUUUUCCCUCCACGCUGGCUGCCCGCAGAGGGAACGUUUCGGCCACCCUGGUUCCAUCGAAACUGCAUGAGUGAGUUCAUGGGCCUCCUGACAGGCAGCUACGAUGCCAAGCCGGACAGUUUCCUUCCGGGUGCUUCCUCGAUCCACAACAGGUAUGUCCCACAUGGCCCGGACGCCGCGGCAGUGAAGAAAGGGACCGAGCUGGAUGCAUCACAGCCCGAGAGGUACAGUGGUACCCUCGCCUUUAUGUGGGAGACGCGCUUGGUGUGGCAUCCUUCUGAGCAUGCGCUGCAGACUCUCAAUGAUGUGGACUACGCGUCGUCGUGGCAGAGUGUUCCGAAGCGAUUCGACGCAACAGCUACGCCGCCACCAGAGAAGUAUGGGUUCUCGCCCACGAAAGCCUAA